GGCUUACAGCGAGAGCUAGAGAGGAAAGGUGAAAUAAUGGCAGCCACAAAAGUGGUUGUAUAUUCGUCUGAUAAAAACAUUAGGGAAAUCGAGGAAGAAACUCUGAGGAAAAGAGUCCUGGAGCCCAGACAAACACAGGAAAAUGAAAGCCUUACAUCUGGUAGUCUUCAGAACACUCAAAUAUCAGGUGUAAAAUGCAUUGGAAGUGAUAAAACAACUUUUGUUAAUCAGCAUUUUCUGGACGGAGCCAUAGAAAGAGAAGUUGUUUGUUCACCUAAUACUGAAGAUGAAAUUCUAGAAGCCAGUCAUGCUGAAGGCAAUGCAACUAAGCCAGGUAAUUCUGAACUAGAAACCGCAUCUGGGUUAGGAGAAGACUUAAUGAUGCUCUACAAGAAAUGUUGUUGUCCAGAUAUUAAUAUUUGGAUAGAAGGCAACCAGUUUCAAGCUCACAGGGCUAUUUUAUGUGCCAGAUCUAGUUACUUUGCUGCUAUGCUGAGUGGAAGUUGGGCUGAAAGCUCCCAAGAGCACAUCACUCUUCAAGGCAUAAACCCUGUAGAAAUGAAUGUCCUAUUGUAUUUUAUAUAUGGAGGAAUGCUGGACUUCCCAAACAAAGCUGAUGCUGGUCGAAUACUCAGUGUUGCUGAUAUGUAUGGGCUAGACGGACUGAAAGAAGUAGCUAUCUAUAUUCUCAAAAGAGACUACUGCAAUUUUUUUCAAAAGCCUAUUCCUGGAAGGCAGCAACAUGUGCUAGAAUGCCUGGCUAUUGCUCAUUCAAUGGAAGUUGAGAACCUUUAUGCUGCUUGCAUGAAAUGGAUAGUAAAACAUUUUGUGAAAUGUUGGUCAGAGAGGAGCUUUGCCAGUUUACCCACUGAGCUUCAGAACAACUGUCUUACUGUGAUGAUUCAGUCUUUGAACCACAAGAAUGCAGCUUCUCUUUUGAUGGAAAGCGACCGGCUGCUCGGUAGUCUUCCCCAAGUGAAAUGGUCUGAAACGGGUCUGGCCUUGGCAUCUAGGCUUCAAGAAGAAUGCAUAACAUUUAUUGUAACAAACUUCCCUCAUAUAAUAGAGAGUGAAAAUUUUCAUAUUUUCUUGCAGGCACAGGCAAUGAGCAGCAAACCUGAUCUUCUAGAACAAGUUUUAAAAGCAAUUGAGAAAAACAUUAGCAUUGAAAACAGUUGCUUUCUUCUUAUAGCUGUGGAUACUUUGUUGAGCUCCACAAAUGUGAAGGAAAUGGGUUUUACAUGCAAGAUCCAGGCUCUGCGUGAUAAGCUGUGGAUCUUCCUGGUUCAGUCUUUUUAUGCUGUUCGUCACACAGAAAGCUGGAAGCUGAUGAGACCAGAUCAUCAAGAGAAAAUACAAGCAGCUGCUUUUGACAAAGGGGAUGAUCGAAGACUUGGCAAAAAACCUGUAUUCACUAGUUCUCAGCUAAACAGACGCAUUACUGACUCUGAUAUAAGGCACACUUCCUGGAAAGUAAAAGGCAAGAGAGAUUAUUGCGGCAGUUCCUUCACUAAUCGGGAUAAAAUGAAAUCUGAUGGAUUAGGAGCAUCUGGACAUACAUCAAGUACCAACAGAAACACUGCUAAUAAGACUUCAAAACAUGAUGACUUAAAGGGAAAAGAUAGUAAGAAAACAGUUGCCAAGAUUACAAAAGAUUCAAAAACUGGGGAAAAAGUUGCUUCACCAAAGGCUAGAGCUGUCAUAAAGCCAAAAAUAGAAAGUAAUGGAAAUGCUAAGGCUGAAAGCUUGAUUACCAAACAAGAUUCAGAAAGGUCAUCAUCUGCAAGUGGGCAAAAAAAUUCUGGAAGUGGAAAAGGUGUAAAAAAUCAGGAAGGAAAAAAUUCAGGUGCCAGACCUAAAGUACUUACUGGAAGCCCAAGUGUGCAAAUCAAAACAAAGCCAUUGAAGAAAACCACAGGGAAAGAAUCACCCUCUCUAGUAACAGAGACAGGAACUUUCAGCAAGUCAACAAACUCAAGUACAGAUUUACAGAUUUCCAAUGAACAACUAGAUGAACCCAAAGAGGAUAAACCAGUAGAUGAAGGAAAAAUAUAUACUGCAAUGAAAACAAAGUCUGUUUUGAAGUUGACUAAUGGAGCUACCAACAAAAAAGCUAAUGAACUUGAGACGAACGUUACAACAAAUAGUGUGACCAAAAAAACCACUGGGAAAGGAUACAAUGAACAAAGUCCACAAACUGUUUUGAAGAAAAAGGGAAAUAUGAGUGGCAAUUCUACAGCUCAGCAGAAGACAAAGAAUGCACCAGCUAAUGUUGCUAAAAACCAAGGACCACAAGGAGAUUCACAAAAUUCGUUAAAAUCUGGAAUGGCUCCGAAACAAAAUGAAGGAAAAAACAUGAUGCAAAAUUUUUCUCAGACAGCACUUUCAGAAAAACAACCUUCAUCUAAGAAAAAGAGUAUUAAACAAUCACAAACAUCUGCAGUUAAAGCCACUGCAAAAAUAAUAACACCCAAAAAUCAAACUCAUUCAAAGAAAGAUGAGACUAUAAACAGUAAAGACCCAAAACAGAAAAUAGUUACUGGGCAGCCUAUAUCAAAAGCUCAAUCUUCAACACAAAGACAUUCAAGAAGUGAAUCUCCUGUUGUCCAGAAAAACGUGCAUAGUCCUGAACAGAAAAUUUCAGAACAGAAACUUGAACAACACACAUUUGCUGCUUUUGCAAUUCAGCCACAUGACAAUAACAAAUGCAGCCCUGCAAAACAAAGUAAGUGUGAAAAAUCUAUGAUAGAGUGUAGCAGAGGAGACCUACUCGUGGAAUCAUGGCAACCUGAUCCAAGAAAAUUAUUGGAUCCUCUUGAAAAUGGGGAAUACAAAGUAGAAACCAAACCUUUUUGUACUCUAGUUAGAGGACAAAAUGUUCCUAAGCUGAAUGUUUCAAUGCAAAACGACAUGGAAUCAAAACAGGUUUGUGAAGAUGAAAUUGAAAUUAAAUAUCCGGUAGAUAAAAACAAAGAUGAUGGUAAUACAACUGAAUUUAAUUGUUAUACAGAGCCUAGUAGAAAUGCAUACUCAGUCAUUUGCAAGAAUACUGGCCAAAAACUCCCUACUUCAGUUUCAGAAGAAAGAUUGAAAAAGUGCAAAACUGUUUGUGAUUCAGCUCAGAAAUACUUGGGAUAUUCAGGAAACAGCAAAGUAUGUUUAACACAAGCAAUAGAAGACUGUGUGGAACAAAAUGAUACAUUAAACACUGAAAUGGGCAUUAAUUAUGGAGAAGAUCACUUACCCAGCUUUUCUAAGGUAACAAAUGCCUCUAAUUCGGAACAAGAUGAAAGAAAAUCCUCUAAGACUCAUGUAAAGGGAUUUGCAAGUGCUGGUCAAUUGUCUGAUAAAUCAGCCUUGACUGAAUACAGGUCUGCUACAGUAGACUCAGAUGCUGCUUCAAAAUGUUUCACAGGACAGGUUACAGAAAAAUGUUCACCUAAAGAUAUGGAUACUACAGAAACACCAGAAAGCCAUGAAAAUUCAGAAACUCCCUUUGUGGAUCGUUGGAAUUUGAGUACAGAUGUGUUGGAUCCAAAAGAGAGUCCUGAAUCUGAUACCGGCAGUGCAACAACAUCUUCUGAUGAUAUCAAACCAAGAUCAGAAGACUAUGAUGCUGGAGGCUCUCAGGAUGAUGAAGGAUCAAAUGAGAGAGGGAUUUCUAAAUGUAGCACUAUGUUGUGCCAUGAUUUUCUUGGAAGAAGCAGCAGUGAUACAAGUACACCUGAAGAACUAAAAAUCUAUGACAGUAGUCUAAGAAUAGAAGUGAAAAUGAAAAAAGAGGGUUCGGAUCUUUUUCGUGUUAAUUCAACAAGUGAUGAUGAGAUACCAAGAAAAAGACCUGAAGUGUGGUCACGUCAAGGUGUAUUAAGGGCCAAUACUAGGGAAAAUGAAAACACUACUUUUGGCAGCGCACAAUUUACUCAGGAAGCAGACCAAGUUUCCUCUUCUGCAGAUGAAACGGAAGAUGAAAGAUCUGAAGCAGAAAAUGUAGUAGAAAGCUUUCCUCCAUCUGACCCUCCUAUUCAGCCAUUCCAAGGAAUUGUUAAUUUAGCUUUUGAAGAUGCAACAGAGAAUAUUGAAAGUCAAGAAUUUUCUACAACUAAAAAUUUUAAGCGAUCUCUUUUACUUUCAGUAGAUGAAUGUGAAGAGCUGGGAUCUGAUGAUGGAGAAGCUCAUGCUCCCCUUCAUCAUUCCAUAGAUUCCCCUACUCCUUCUGAUGUUUUUGAUAGUGUAUCUCAGGAGCAUCAAGAAAAGACAUAUUAUUCAAGGUAUUCAUUGGAAACUGAAGAUGGAUUCCUGGAGUGCAAACAACAAGAAAAGGAUAGAAGUGAGAGAUUAGAUAAAAGUGAGCACUUUUUUCUAGAUCCCCGUAGCCCAGAAAUCAAAGGAAAAGAUAAUCAGGGUGCUUCAGUGACAGAACAAAAUUGCCCAGAGAAAGUACUCUCAGUAGCAGAUAGUCAGUGUUCAAUAGAAGAGCAAAAGGUAAAUAGUAAGAAUGAAGAGAUUAACGAAAUUCAACAGUGCAAUAAACUUUCAGACAAUGACACAAAGUCUCAAGAAAGACCAUGUCAUUUGGACCUUCAUCAAAGAGAUACUAAUUGUGACAUGCAAAAGAAGAAUUCUGCAAAACCUGUAAAACCCUGUAAGAAUCAGUUACUGACUCUGGAAGGUCAAAUGAGAGAGUGUCAACGAGCACCUACUGAAUACACUAAUACUGAUUUACCUGCAGGAGACAUAGAUGAUUGUGACGUAUUGGCACAAACCUGCAUGUAUGAGCAUCGACCUUCAAAAACCCUUUCUCCAAUAUAUGAGAUGGAUGUUGGAGAAGCUAUUGAGCAGAGGAUGGAGUCAGAAAGGGACAUUCUAGAUGUGGAUUUUGAAGAUCAGCAAUUUGCAGAACAGGACUGGACUCUUCUCAGGCAAUUGUUAUCUGAGCAGGACUCAAACAUUGAUUUCAAAAACUCUAUUCCUGAAGACCUUAACUUAGCACAAUAUCUUAUCAAUCAGACACUACUUCUGGCAGGAGAUGGUUCAAAGCCUCAGGGUAAAUCACAUGUUGAUACUUUCAGUAGAUGGACUGAACUAAUGUCGCCACUGGAUGAUUCUUCAGCAAGUAUCACAGUGGCAAGCUUUUCCUCUGAAGAUUGUUCUUCUCCUCAAGGGGAAUGGACAAUCCUUGAACUGGAAACCCAUCAUUAAAGUGAUCAAAUGUUUGAAAAUGGACUCCAACCCCUACCCCAAAUCUAUUUUUUGAUGCAUUGUUUCCAUACAAUAAUGAAAUACUGCAUCAGUUAAGAACACCCAAUUCUUGAUACUGAGGCAAUCUUUCCAAUAUAUUGAGGUGCAUACUGUUAAUUUAUAACCUAGCUUUAAUCACAAAUAGAAUAAUUUUUCAAAGCUGAAAUAGAUGUUUUUCUAAAAUCAACUUUGAGCAUGUAUUUUCUAAAAUUGUUAGACAAAUUAGAUGACUUGCAAGAAAAAUAUUGGUUUAAACUCCAUCUUCUAUCCCCUUUCUGUCAUUUGUUAAUAUAUUCUUUAUUGAGCAUGGAUUUUAACAUGUGACUGCACAAUAAGUAGCGCCAUUUUUUUCCUUUUUGCUCUUCAUACAGUGACUUGGUGAUUUUUCAACAAUAAAAGAUUGAGAGUUGUGUUGAAAGGUGUUGUGUUCCAACAGUACUUUAAAUAUUAGAAAUUUAUAUUUGCAUUUACAGAAUGUAAAAAGUUUUGGACUCUAUUUACAUUAGCUGCUUAUUCAGUUUGUUUCCACCGGAUUGAUUUUGUAUAUUUUUGUUUGUUUUGAAAAUUUUCAAUAAUUGUUUUUAAAUUGUCAUUUAUUUAAAUACAAGACUGCAGAGGUACUGUAAGAAUGGUACAGUUCCUCUCUUAGGAACACACAUACAUUCCCUUACUUCAGUAAAUAAUGGCAUGGUGUAUGAAUCAGAAUGUUAAACCUGUUCUGAAAUACUGUGUCUAACAGCUCAAAAAGUAGAUUCAGUCUGAAGUUUUAGCAGUGGCACUCUUGCCUUCUUCACUUUAAAAGUCCAUGUUUGAAGUGGAAUUCUAGUUGUGCUACAACUCAAGAUACUUUUGUGCCACUCCCCUACUGUCUAAGUCAUAACUAGUUUAUUGGGGUUUUCAAAAUCCCAGUGUGUCUUCUAUCUUUGAGAGGGUGUUAGGGUUUUUGCUGUCUCUUUUUAAUCUCAUAAUGCCUCUAAAAACUUCCUUAUGGAGGCCCAGUGUCUCAUCCUCUUGAUUAAGGAGAACUGAGAAGGAAAUGCUUCUCACCAUGUCUGCUCUGCUCAUUCUGCUGCUAAAGAAGAUGGCAGUUAAAUGACAUGAGCAGGGUUUUUUGUUGUUGUUUUUGGGGAUGUGGGUUAAUAAGGGGGAUACUUUCCAGGUGAGGGAUAUUGGACCAUAUUCUUCAUGCCAUACUGAGGCAAAAUGCAGCAAUAAGGGAUGGUCUUAUGUAAACUAUACAAUAUUGCUUCUGCAGAUCCCCUCCUGUUAAUGACCAACAGGAGAUGUGCCUUCAAAUGGGAGUGCUACACUGCAGUAACAAAUUACUAAAAUGGUGAUAUUUUUAAAAAAGACUUUUUUACCAAAAGCCUAACUUGCACUGGUUACAGCCAAGGAUAAUACUGGCGGGUGUUUUGCAAACUUUUGCACAAUUCUGCCAAUGCACCUUAAUCCUGGUCUGCAGGUAUUCCUGUUAUCUUGAUCCUAUGCUAUUUAUAAGCAGAGACUGACAGGAGUCUUGAAUUGUGAAGUCGCUUUGAGAUGUGGCUAAGCAGUGACUGCUGAACUAACUUUCACUUUUGACCUAAUCAGCAUUUUGAUCUCAGAACUCAUGACUUGGAAAGGCUGCUAUACACUGACUUGAGUGUCUGUCAAUACAAUCAACAUUUUAUUGAAGCAGAAUUAUAAAUUGGUAGAGGAAGAAUUUUACCUUCUAAAUAGAGGUUAAAGGAAAGAUAUUAAUCUCCCCUUCAUGUCUGUGCCCAUGAUACUUAGAAGGGAGUUCAGUCUUGGCUGCAUGCCCAUCCCCAGCUUUCUUAUAGAGGAUUCUCCCCAAGGGUUCCUGUGAGGAGGUUAGGGGCAUCAGUUGGACUCCUGGAUAUCCUAUCCUAAACCCACAAAGGAAGCAGCAUAAAUUAAUACAGCCUGAGUUUGUGCAAGCUCAGCAUCUUACCCAUUGUAGUCUGUAUUUGCUACAUUAUCCACAUUUGGUGGAUAGGGGAGGGGAGAUUGCUGCAGCUAGGGGAACUCCCAAAAGCAAAUCUCCUCCAAGAUCAGGAGAGAGACUCCAUUUACGUGCUCCAGUUCUGAGAGGAGCACAGAUAUUGAAGAAUCUGUGGGAUAAGGGAAAACCACCAUUGUCUUCUAUAGAGGGAUUCAAAGAACUCAAAAUAGAGAGAACUCAAGUUUCUCACCCCAACAUGGUUAUUCCCGUGUAGGAGACAAUAAGGACCAUGGAAGGUAUAAAAUAAAAACAUGUAAUUAACUCUAAAUUGAUGAAGGCACAAGAGGGUAUUAAUUUUUACACAAAGUAAUAUGGGAGAAGAAAAGGUAAGAGAUCAGGAGAGUAGACAGAGAAUGAAAGAGAAGGAUCCUUCUGCGCUCUCUCCCCUUUCCUUUAUAUUUUCUUGUUUUCUUCAAGUGCAGCUCAUAUCUGAAAAGUGACUGAAAAAUGACAUGUUUCCCAGUUUGUGUGUCUGACUUACAGAUCAAAUAUGUUUAAGUUACAGUUAAAAUGAUGCGGAUUUUUUGUUUUGUUUUCUUCUGAAUACCAGCUCUCAUUUUCCAGGCUAGAAUUUGAAAGUCAACCUGUGUUAUUUUCUCAGGUCCUCAGUAAUAUAGCUACAACUUCUUCAAUGGAUUGGAACAGGUGUAACUAAGUAGAAUUUAGUAAAAAUUUUGUCGAUGCACAAGAAAUAAUAGAAUCCAGCUCUCUCUCAGCCAUGUUGGCUCUGCAAAGCCAAUAGGAGUAAAAAGUAGUAAUAUUAUUCAUUAUCUGUAUUGCCAAAGUGCCUAGGAGCCCUAGUGAAGGACCAGGACCCCGUUGCACUAGGUCUUUUACAAACACAGAACUAAAAGAUAGAUUGUAAGUUCUUUGGGGUACAGACUAAGUAAGACAAAAGACAACAGAUUAAUAUAGAUGGGAAUACAAGAAAAUGAUGAGAGCAGAUAAGAAACUUCUGUCUCUGUGACGGGAGGAGGGAGAGAAUUGGAGGAGGAGAAAAGGAAAGGGAAGGUAAACCAAGGGGAUGGGGAAAGUCACGUAUUUUGUCAACUUUUUCUUGGAAGAACUUACUCUAGCAUCUAACAAUUACAAUAAAGUCAGCAGAUAUGGCUGUGAUGCUCACAGGGAAUAGAUCUGUUGAGUAAAAAGGUCCUCCUUAUAAGUGCUUUGGAGGCAAUUGGUAAAGAAGCAAUACUGAUGCUGUCCAAGAAAUAUGUCCAUCUGCAAGAUGGCAGUUCUGGCUAGCAUGAAGCCUGGCUGUACAACUUGAAUAACUGGACUAUAUUUCUAUUUUUGAACUCUGCUUCAAAGUGGCACUGAAUUUUUGAAAUGCCAUAAUUCUGUUUUCCACUGCCUCUACCUGAAGAUUGAGUCCAGGAUCUGGCCCCUUAACCUUCCUGGAAGAAGUGUUAACUUCUUCCAGGAAAUACAAACAGUAAAUUAAAAAGCUGUUCUAGCUACAUAUUGCUGGCGGCAUAGACUAUUUUAAACCUUUGAUACCAUGUUAUUGCCAUCUGGAAAUUCAUUACCAACAUGCUUACUGCAUUUUGUCCCAAAAAAUCUAAACCCUCUGUUUGAAGGUGUUAAGACUUAUUACUGUGUCUUUCAGCAUCGCCUGCCAUGGAACAUAAACAAUUAAGAAGGCACAAUCUUGCUCCCAUUAAAGUCAAAGAUAAAACUCCUGUUGAUCUCAGUUGGAGUAGGUUCAGGGUCUAUGUGACUAAAGUGCAUGUAGUAUAAAUGCUAUUUUUUUUUCAGUACAUGUACUGUUUAGUUCUAUAUCUCUAGUCUACUAACUUCUAAUAUUUUAGAUGUAGGGAUGAUUUAUGGU